AUGCUGUUGCAGUGCAGUCUCAUCAGAAAAUCAGAAACAGCUGCGCAGAAGCGGCUGCGCAGGAACAGCUGCGCAGAAGCGGCUGCGCAGAAGCGGCUGCGCAGAAGCGGCUGCGCAGAAACGGCUGCGCAGAAGCGGCUGCGCAGAAGCGGCUGCGCACAAGCGGCUGCGCACAAGCGGCUGCGCAGAAGCGGCUGCGCAGAAGCGGCUGCGCAGAAGCGGCUGCGCAGAAGCGGCUGCGCAGAAGCGGCUGCGCAGAAGCGGCUGCGCAGAAGCGGCUGCGCAGAAGCGGCUGCGCAGAAGCGGCUGCGCAGAAGCGGCUGCGCAGAACCGGCUGCGCAGAAGCGGCUGCGCAGAAGCGCCUGCGCAGAAGCGGCUGCGCAGAAGCGGCUGCGCAGAAGCGGCUGCGCAGAAACGGCUGCGCAGAAACGGCUGCGCAGAAACGGCUGCGCAGAAACGGCUGCGCAGAAUCGGCUGCGCAGCAGCGGCUGCGCAGAAGCGGCUGCGCAGAAGCGGCUGCGCAGAAGCGGCUGCGCAGAAGCGGCUGCGCAGAAGCGGCUGCGCAGAAGCGGCUGCACAGAAACAGCUGUGCAGAUGCAGCUGCGCAGAAACAGCUGCGCAGAAACAGCUGCGCAGAAACAGCUGCGCAGAAGCGGCUGCGCAGAAGCGGCUGCGCAGAAGCGGCUGCGCAGAAGCGGCUGCGCAGAAGCGGCUGCGCAGAUGCAGCUGCGCAGAAACAGCUGCGCAGAAACAGCUGCGCAGAAACAGCUGCGCAGAAACAACUGCGCAGAAGCGGCUGCGCAGAAGCGGCUGCGCAGAAGCGGCUGCGCUGAAGCGGCUGCGCAGAAGCGGCUGCGCAGAAGCGGCUGCGCGGUAGCGGCUGCGCGGAAGCGGCUGCGCGGAAGCGGCUGCGCGGAAACGGCUGCGCGGAAACGGCUGCGCGGAAACGGCUGCGCGGAAGCGGCUGCGCGGAAGCGGCUGCGCGGAAGCGGCUGCGCGGAAGCGGCUGCGCGGAAGCGGCUGCGCGGAAGCGGCUGCGCGGAAGCGGCUGCGCGGAAGCGGCUGCGCGGAAGCGGCUGCGCGGAAGCGGCUGCGCGGAAGCGGCUGCGCGGAAGCGGCUGCGCAGAAGCGGCUGCGCAGAAGCGGCUGCGCAGAAGCGGCUGCGCAGAAGCGGCUGCGCAGAAACGGCUGCGCAGAAACGGCUGCGCAGAAACGGCUGCGCAGAAACGGCUGCGCAGAAACGGCUGCGCAGAAACGGCUGCGCAGAAACGGCUGCGCAGAAACGGCUGCGCAGAAACGGCUGCGCAGAAGCGGCUGCGCAGAAGCGGCUGCGCAGAAGCGGCUGCGCAGAAGCGGCUGCGCAGAAGCAGCUGCGCAGAAGCAGCUGCGCAGAAGCAGCUGCGCAGAAGCAGCUGCGCAGAAGCAGCUGCGCAGAAGCAGCUGCGCAGAAGCAGCUGCGCAGAAACAGCUGCGCAGGAACAGCUGCGCAGGAACAGCUGCGCAGGAACAGCUGCGCAGGAACAGCUGCGCAGGAACAGCUGCGCAGGAACAGCUGCGCAGGAACAGCUGCGCAGGAACAGCUGCGCAGGAACAGCUGCGCAGGAACAGCUGCGCAGGAACAGCUGCGCAGGAACAGCUGCGCAGGAACAGCUGCGCAGGAACAGCUGCGCUGGAACAGCUGCGCAGGAACAGCUGCGCAGGAACAGCUGCGCAGGAACAGCUGCGCAGAAACAGCUGCGCAGGAACAGCUGCGCAGGAACAGCUGCGCAGGAACAGCUGCGCAGGAACAGCUGCGCAGGAACAGCUGCGCAGAAACUGCUGCGCAGAAACUGCUGCGCAGAAACUGCUGCGCAGGAACAGCUGCGCAGGAACAGCUGCGCAGGAACAGCUGCGCAGGAACAGCUGCGCAGGAACAACUGCGCAGAAACAGCUGCGCAGGAACAGCUGCGCAGAAACAGCUGCGCAGAAACAGCUGCGCAGAAACAGCUUCGCAGAAACAGCUGCGCAGAAACAACUGCGCAGAAACAGCUGCGCAGGAACAGCUGCGCAGAAACAGCUGCGCAGAAACAGCUGCGCAGCAACAGCUGCGCAGGAACAGCUGCGCAGAAACAGCUGCGCAGGAACAGCUGCGCAGAAACAGCUGCGCAGAAACAGCUGCGCAGAAACAGCUGCGCAGAAACAGCUGCGCAGAAACAGCUGCGCAGAAACAGCUGCGCAGAAACAGCUGCGCAGAAACAGCUGCGCAGGAACAGCUGCGCAGAAACAGCUGCGCAGGAACAGCUGCGCAGGAACGGCUGCGCAGAAACGGCUGCGCAGAAACGGCUGCGCAGAAACGGCAGCGCAGAAACGGCUGCGCAGAAACGGCUGCGCAGAAACGGCUGCGCAGAAGCAGCUGCGCAGAAGCAGCUGCGCAGAAGCAGCUGCGCAGAAGCAGCUGCGCGGAAGCAGCUGCGCGGAAGCAGCUGCGCGGAAGCAGCUGCGCGGAAGCAGCUGCGCAGAAGCAGCUGCGCAGAAGCAGCUGCGCAGAAACAGCUGCGCAGAAACAGCUGCGCAGGAACAGCUGCGCAGGAACAGCUGCGCAGGAACAGCUGCGCAGGAACAGCUGCGCAGGAACAGCUGCGCAGGAACAGCUGCGCAGGAACAGCUGCGCAGGAACAGCUGCGCAGGAACAGCUGCGCAGGAACAGCUGCGCAGGAACAGCUGCGCAGGAACAGCUGCACAGGAACAGCUGCGCAGAAACAGCUGCGCUGGAACAGCUGCGCAGGAACAGCUGCGCAGGAACAGCUGCGCAGGAACAGCUGCGCAGGAACAGCUGCGCAGAAACAGCUGCGCAGAAACAGCUGCGCAGGAACAGCUGCGCAGGAACAGCUGCGCAGGAACAGCUGCGCAGGAACAGCUGCGCAGAAACUGCUGCGCAGAAACUGCUGCGCAGAAACAGCUGCGCAGAAACAGCUGCACAGGAACAGCUGCGCAGGAACAGCUGCGCAGGAACAGCUGCGCAGGAACAGCUGCGCAGGAACAGCUGCGCAGAAACAGCUGCGCAGGAACAGCUGCGCAGAAACAGCUGCGCAGGAACAGCUGCGCAGAAACAGCUGCGCAGGAACAGCUGCGCAGAAACAACUGCGCAGAAACAACUGCGCAGAAACAGCUGCGCAGGAACAGCUGCGCAGAAACAGCUGCGCAGAAACAGCUGCGCAGAAACAGCUUCGCAGAAACAGCUGCGCAGAAACAGCUGCGCAGGAACAGCUGCGCAGGAACAGCUGCGCAGAAACAGCUGCGCAGAAACAGCUGCGCAGGAACAGCUGCGCAGGAACAGCUGCGCAGAAACAGCUGCGCAGGAACAGCUGCGCAGAAACAGCUGCGCAGAAACAGCUGCGCAGAAACAGCUGCGCAGAAACAGCUGCGCAGAAACAGCUGCGCAGAAACAGCUGCGCAGAAACAGCUGCGCAGAAACAGCUGCGCAGAAACAGCUGCGCAGGAACAGCUGCGCAGAAACAGCUGCGCAGGAACAGCUGCGCAGGAACAGCUGCGCAGGAACAGGUGCGCAGGAACAGGUGCGCAGGAACAGGUGCGGAGGAACAGGUGCGCAGGAACAGCUGCGCAGGAACAGGUGCGCAGGAACAGCUGCGCAGGAACAGCUGCGCAGGAACAGCUGCGCAGGAACAGCUGCGCAGAAACUGCUGCGCAGAAACUGCUGCGCAGAAACUGCUGCGCAGAAACAGCUGCGCAGGAACAGCUGCGCAGGAACAGCUGCGCAGAAACUGCUGCGCAGAAACUGCUGCGCAGAAACUGCUGCGCAGAAACUGCUGCGCAGAAACAGCUGCGCAGGAACAGCUGCGCAGGAACAGCUGCGCAGGAACAGCUGCGCAGAAACAGCUGCGCAGAAACAGCUGCGCAGGAACAGCUGCGCAGGAACAGCUGCGCAGGAACAGCUGCGCAGGAACAGCUGCGCAGAAACUGCUGCGCAGAAACUGCUGCGCAGAAACUGCUGCGCAGAAACAGCUGCGCAGAAACAGCUGCGCAGGAACAGCUGCGCAGGAACAGCUGCGCAGGAACAGCUGCGCAGGAACAGCUGCGCAGGAACAGCUGCGCAGGAACAGCUGCGCAGGAACAGCUGCGCAGAAACAGCUGCGCAGAAACAGCUGCGCAGGAACAGCUGCGCAGAAACAGCUGCGCAGGAACGGCUGCGCAGGAACGGCUGCGCAGAAACGGCUGCGCAGAAACGGCUGCGCAGAAACGGCAGCGCAGAAACGGCUGCGCAGAAACGGCUGCGCAGAAACGGCUGCGCAGAAGCAGCUGCGCAGAAGCAGCUGCGCAGAAGCAGCUGCGCAGAAGCAGCUGCGCAGAAGCAGCUGCGCAGAAGCAGCUGCGCAGAAGCAGCUGCGCAGAAGCAGCUGCGCAGAAGCAGCUGCGCAGAAGCAGCUGCGCAGAAGCAGCUGCGCAGAAGCAGCUGCGCAGAAGCAGCUGCGCAGAAACAGCUGCGCAGGAACAGCUGCGCAGGAACAGCUGCGCAGGAACAGCUGCGCAGGAACAGCUGCGCAGGAACAGCUGCGCAGGAACAGCUGCGCAGGAACAGCUGCGCAGGAACAGGUGCGCAGGAACAGCUGCGCAGGAACAGCUGCGCAGGAACAGCUGCGCAGGAACAGCUGCGCAGGAACAGCUGCGCAGGAACAGCUGCGCAGAAACAGCAGCGCAGAAACAGCCGCGCAGAAACAGCCGCGCAGAAACAGCCUCGCAGAAACAGCCGCGCAGAAACAGCCGCGCAGCAACAGCCGCGCAGCAACAGCUGCGCAGCAACAGCCGCGCAGGAACAGCCGCGCAGGAACAGCCGCGCAGGAACAGCCGCGCAGGAACAGCCGCGCAGGAACAGCCGCGCAGGAACAGCUGCGCAGGAACAGCUGCGCAGAAACAGCUGCGCAGAAACAGCUGCGCAGGAACAGCUGCGCAGGAACAGCUGCGCAGGAUCAGCUGCGCAGAAACAGCUGCGCAGAAACAGCUGCGCAGGAACAGCUGCGCAGGAACAGCUGCGCAGAAACAGCUGCGCAGAAACAGCUGCGCAGAAACAGCUGCGCAGAAACAGCUGCGCAGAAACAGCUGCGCAGGAACAGCUGCGCAGAAACAGCUGCGCAGAAACAGCUGCGCAGAAACAGCUGCGCAGAAACAGCUUCGCAGAAACAGCUGCGCAGAAACAGCUGCGCAGAAACAGCUGCGCAGAAACAGCUGCGCAGGAACAGCUGCGCAGAAACAGCUGCGCAGAAACAGCUGCGCAGAAACAGCUGCGCAGGAACAGCUGCGCAGAAACAGCUGCGCAGAAACAGCUGCGCAGGAACAGCUGCGCAGAAACGGCUGCGCAGAAACAGCUGCGCAGAAACAGCUGCGCAGAAACAGCUUCGCAGAAACAGCUGCGCAGGAACAGCUGCGCAGAAACAGCUGCGCAGAAGCAGCUGCGCAGAAACAGCUGCGCAGAAACAGCUGCGCAGAAACAGCUGCGCAGAAACAGCUGCGCAGAAACAGCUGCGCAGGAACAGCUGCGCAGAAACAGCUGCGCAGGAGCUGCUGCGCAGGAACAGCUGUGCAGGAGCAGCUGCGCAGGAACAGCUGCGCAGGAACAGCUGCGCAGGAACAGCUGCGCAGGAACAGCUGCGCAGGAACAGCUGCGCAGGAACAGCUGCGCAGGAACAGCUGCGCAGGAACAGGUGCGCAGGAACAGGUGCGCAGGAACAGCUGCGCAGGAACAGCUGCGCAGGAACAGGUGCGCACGAACAGCUGCGCAGGAACAGGUGCGCAGGAACAGGUGCGCAGGAACAGGUGCGCAGGAACAGCUGCGCAGGAACAGGUGCGCAGGAACAGCUGCGCAGGAACAGCUGCGCAGGGACAGCUGCGCAGGAACAGGUGCGCAGGAACAGCUGCGCAGAAACAGCUGCGCAGAAACAGCUGCGCAGAAACAGCUGCGCAGAAACAGCUGCGCAGAAACAGCUGCGCAGAGACAGCUGCGCAGAGACAGCUGCGCAGAGACAGCUGCGCAGAGACAGCUGCGCAGAAACAGCUGCGCAGAAACAGCUGCGCAGAAACAGCUGCGCAGAAACAGCUGCGCAGAAACAGCUGCGCAGAAACAGCUGCGCAGAAACAGCUGCGCAGAAACAGCUGCGCAGAAACAGCGGCGCAGAAACACUCUAUAGCCUCCGUGAAGUCUCAUCAGAAAAUCAGAAACAGCUGCGCGGAGACGGCUGCGCAGAAGCGGCUGCGCGGAAGCGGCUGCGCGGAAACGGCUGCGCGGAAACGGCUGCGCGGAAACGGCUGCGCGGAAACGGCUGCGCGGGAACGGCUGCGCGGGAACGGCUGCGCGGGAACAGGUGCGCGGGAACAGGUGCGCGGGAACAGGUGCGCGGGAACAGCUGCGCAGGAACAGCUGCGCAGGAACAGGUGCGCAGGAACAGGUGCGCAGGAACAGGUGCGCAGGUACAGGUGCGCAGGAACAGGUUCGCAGGAACAGGUGCGCAGGAACAGCUGCGCAGGAACAGCUGCGCAGGAACAGGUGCGCAGGAACAGCUGCGCAGGAACAGCUGCGCAGGAACAGCUGCGCAGGAACAGCUGCGCAGGAACAGCUGCGCAGAAACAGCUGCGCAGAAACAGCUGCGCAGAAACAGCCGCGCAGAAACAGCCUCGCAGAAACAUCCUCGCAGAAACAGCCGCGCAGAAUCAGCCGCGCAGAAACAGCCGCGCAGGAACAGCCGCGCAGGAACAGCCGCGCAGGAACAGCUGCACAGGAACAGCUGCGCAGGAACAGCUGCGCAGGAACAGCUGCGCAGGAACAGCUGCGCAGGAACAGCUGCGCAGGAACAGCUGCGCAGGAACAGCUGCGCAGAAACAGCGGCGCAGAAACACUCUAUAGCCUCCGGUUACAGGAGCGUACCUCCAUGUUCAAUGUUUUUUGGGCAGUUGAACAUUGCAGUCUCAUCAGAAAAUCAGAAACAGCUGCGCAGAAGCGGCUGCGCAGGAACAGCUGCGCAGAAGCGGCUGCGCAGAAGCGGCUGCGCAGAAGCGGCUGCGCAGAAGCGGCUGCGCAGAAGCGGCUGCGCAGAAGCGGCUGCGCAGAAACGGCUGCGCAGAAGCGGCUGCGCAGAAGCGGCUGCGCAGAAGCGGCUGCGCAGAAGCGGCUGCGCACAAGCGGCUGCGCACAAGCGGCUGCGCACAAGCGGCUGCGCAGAAGCGGCUGCGCAGAAGCGGCUGCGCAGAAGCGGCUGCGCAGAAGCGGCUGCGCAGAAGCGGCUGCGCAGAAGCGGCUGCGCAGAAGCGGCUGCGCAGAAGCGGCUGCGCAGAAGCGCCUGCGCAGAAGCGGCUGCGCAGAAGCGGCUGCGCAGAAGCGGCUGCGCAGAAACGGCUGCGCAGAAACGGCUGCGCAGAAACGGCUGCGCAGAAACGGCUGCGCAGAAACGGCUGCGCAGCAGCGGCUGCGCAGAAGCGGCUGCGCAGAAGCGGCUGCGCAGAAGCGGCUGCGCAGAAGCGGCUGCGCAGAAGCGGCUGCGCAGAAGCGGCUGCGCAGAAACGGCUGCGCAGAUGCAGCUGCGCAGAAACAGCUGCGCAGAAACAGCUGCGCAGAAACAGCUGCGCAGAAACAGCUGCGCAGAAGCGGCUGCGCAGAAGCGGCUGCGCAGAAGCGGCUGCGCAGAAGCGGCUGCGCUGAAGCGGCUGCGCAGAUGCAGCUGCGCAGAAACAGCUGCGCAGAAACAGCUGCGCAGAAACAGCUGCGCAGAAACAACUGCGCAGAAGCGGCUGCGCAGAAGCGGCUGCGCAGAAGCGGCUGCGCAGAAGCGGCUGCGCAGAAGCGGCUGCGCAGAAGCGGCUGCGCGGAAGCGGCUGCGCGGAAGCGGCUGCGCGGAAACGGCUGCGCGGAAACGGCUGCGCGGAAACGGCUGCGCGGAAGCGGCUGCGCGGAAGCGGCUGCGCGGAAGCGGCUGCGCGGAAGCGGCUGCGCGGAAGCGGCUGCGCAGAAGCGGCUGCGCAGAAGCGGCUGCGCAGAAGCGGCUGCGCAGAAGCGGCUGCGCAGAAGCGGCUGCGCAGAAGCGGCUGCGCAGAAACGGCUGCGCAGAAACGGCUGCGCAGAAACGGCUGCGCAGAAACUGCUGCGCAGAAACAGCUGCGCAGGAACAGCUGCGCAGGAACAGCUGCGCAGGAACAGCUGCGCAGGAACAGCUGCGCAGAAACAGCUGCGCAGAAACAGCUGCGCAGGAACAGCUGCGCAGGAACAGCUGCGCAGGAACAGCUGCGCAGGAACAGCUGCGCAGAAACUGCUGCGCAGAAACUGCUGCGCAGAAACAGCUGCGCAGGAACAGCUGCGCAGGAACAGCUGCGCAGGAACAGCUGCGCAGGAACAGCUGCGCAGGAACAGCUGCGCAGGAACAGCUGCGCAGGAACAGCUGCGCAGGAACAGCUGCGCAGGAACAGCUGCGCAGAAACAGCUGCGCAGGAACAGCUGCGCAGAAACGGCUGCGCAGGAACGGCUGCGCAGGAACGGCUGCGCAGAAACGGCUGCGCAGAAACGGCUGCGCAGAAACGGCAGCGCAGAAACGGCUGCGCAGAAACGGCUGCGCAGAAACGGCUGCGCAGAAGCAGCUGCGCAGAAGCAGCUGCGCAGAAGCAGCUGCGCAGAAGCAGCUGCGCAGAAGCAGCUGCGCAGAAGCAGCUGCGCAGAAGCAGCUGCGCAGAAGCAGCUGCGCAGAAGCAGCUGCGCAGAAACAGCUGCGCAGAAACAGCUGCGCAGGAACAGCUGCGCAGGAACAGCUGCGCAGGAACAGCUGCGCAGGAACAGCUGCGCAGGAACAGCUGCGCAGGAACAGCUGCGCAGGAACAGCUGCGCAGGAACAGCUGCGCAGGAACAGCUGCGCAGAAACAGCUGCGCAGGAACAGCUGCGCAGAAACAGCUGCGCUGGAACAGCUGCGCAGGAACAGCUGCGCAGGAACAGCUGCGCAGGAACAGCUGCGCAGAAACAGCUGCGCAGAAACAGCUGCGCAGAAACAGCUGCGCAGGAACAGCUGCGCAGGAACAGCUGCGCAGGAACAGCUGCGCAGGAACAGCUGCGCAGAAACUGCUGCGCAGAAACUGCUGCGCAGAAACUGCUGCGCAGAAACAGCUGCGCAGAAACAGCUGCGCAGGAACAGCUGCGCAGGAACAGCUGCGCAGGAACAGCUGCGCAGGAACAGCUGCGCAGAAACAGCUGCGCAGAAACAGCUGCGCAGAAACAGCUGCGCAGGAACAGCUGCGCAGAAACAGCUGCGCAGGAACAGCUGCGCAGAAACAACUGCGCAGAAACAACUGCGCAGAAACAGCUGCGCAGGAACAGCUGCGCAGAAACAGCUGCGCAGAAACAGCUGCGCAGAAACAGCUUCGCAGAAACAGCUGCGCAGAAACAGCUGCGCAGGAACAGCUGCGCAGGAACAGCUGCGCAGGAACAGCUGCGCAGAAACAGCUGCGCAGAAACAGCUGCGCAGGAACAGCUGCGCAGGAACAGCUGCGCAGAAACAGCUGCGCAGGAACAGCUGCGCAGAAACAGCUGCGCAGAAACAGCUGCGCAGAAACAGCUGCGCAGAAACAGCUGCGCAGAAACAGCUGCGCAGAAACAGCUGCGCAGAAACAGCUGCGCAGGAACAGCUGCGCAGAAACAGCUGCGCAGGAACAGCUGCGCAGGAACAGCUGCGCAGGAACAGCUGCGCAGGAACAGGUGCGCAGGAACAGGUGCGCAGGAACAGGUGCGGAGGAACAGGUGCGCAGGAACAGCUGCGCAGGAACAGGUGCGCAGGAACAGCUGCGCAGGAACAGCUGCGCAGGAACAGCUGCGCAGGAACAGCUGCGCAGAAACUGCUGCGCAGAAACUGCUGCGCAGAAACUGCUGCGCAGAAACAGCUGCGCAGGAACAGCUGCGCAGGAACAGCUGCGCAGAAACUGCUGCGCAGAAACUGCUGCGCAGAAACUGCUGCGCAGAAACUGCUGCGCAGAAACAGCUGCGCAGGAACAGCUGCGCAGGAACAGCUGCGCAGGAACAGCUGCGCAGGAACAGCUGCGCAGGAACAGCUGCGCAGAAACAGCUGCGCAGAAACAGCUGCGCAGGAACAGCUGCGCAGGAACAGCUGCGCAGGAACAGCUGCGCAGGAACAGCUGCGCAGAAACUGCUGCGCAGAAACUGCUGCGCAGAAACUGCUGCGCAGAAACAGCUGCGCAGAAACAGCUGCGCAGGAACAGCUGCGCAGGAACAGCUGCGCAGGAACAGCUGCGCAGGAACAGCUGCGCAGGAACAGCUGCGCAGGAACAGCUGCGCAGGAACAGCUGCGCAGGAACAGCUGCGCAGAAACAGCUGCGCAGGAACAGCUGCGCAGAAACAUCUGCGCAGGAACAGCUGCGCAGAAACAACUGCGCAGAAACAACUGCGCAGAAAUAGCUGCGCAGAAACAGCUGCGCAGAAACAGCUUCGCAGAAACAGCUGCGCAGAAACAGCUGCGCAGAAACAGCUGCGCAGGAACAGCUGCGCAGGAACAGCUGCGCAGAAACAGCUGCGCAGAAACAGCUGCGCAGGAACAGCUGCGCAGAAACAGCUGCGCAGAAACAGCUGCGCAGGAACAGCUGCGCAGAAACAGCUGCGCAGAAACAGCUGCGCAGAAACAGCUGCGCAGAAACAGCUGCGCAGAAACAGCUGCGCAGAAACAGCUGCGCAGAAACAGCUGCGCAGGAACAGCUGCGCAGAAACAGCUGCGCAGGAGCAGCUGCGCAGGAACAGCUGCGCAGGAACAGCUGCGCAGGAACAGCUGCGCAGGAACAGCUGCGCAGGAACAGGUGCGCAGGAACAGGUGCGCAGGAACAGGUGCGGAGGAACAGGUGCGCAGGAACAGCUGCGCAGGAACAGGUGCGCAGGAGCAGGUGCGCAGGAACAGCUGCGCAGGAACAGCUGCGCAGGAACAGCUGCGCAGGAACAGGUGCGCAGGAACAGGUGCGCAGGAACAGGUGCGCAGGAACAGCUGCGCAGAAACAGCUGCGCAGAAACAGCUGCGCAGAAACAGCUGCGCAGAAACAGCUGCGCAGAAACAGCUGCGCAGAAACAGCUGCGCAGAAACAGCUGCGCAGAAACAGCUGCGCAGAAACAGCUCCGCAGAGACAGCUGCGCAGAGACAGCUGCGCAGAGACAGCUGCGCAGAGACAUCUGCGCAGUUACAGCUGCGCAGAAACAGCUGCGCAGAAACAGCUGCGCAGAAACAGCUGCGCAGAAACAGCUGCGCAGAAACAGCUGCGCAGAAACAGCUGCGCAGAAACAGCUGCGCAGAAACAGCUGCGCAGAAAUAGCUGCGCAGAAACAGAUGCGAAGAAACAGCUGCGCAGAAACAGCUGCGCAGAAACAGCUGCGCAGAAACAGCGGCGCAGAAACAGCGGCGCAGAAACAGCUGCGCAGGAACAGCUGCGCAGGAACAGCUGCGCAGAAACAGCUGCGCAGAAACAGCUGCGCAGGAACAGCUGCGCAGAAACAGCUGCGCAGAAACAGCUGCGCAGAAACAGCUGCGCAGAAACAGCUAUGCAGGAACAGCUGCGCAGGAACAGCUGCGCAGAAACAGCUGCGCAGAAACAGCUGCGCAGAAACAGCUGCGCAGAAACAGCUUCGCAGAAACAGCUGCGCAGGAACAGCUACGCAGAAACAGCUGCGCAGAAACAGCUGCGCAGAAACAGCUGCGCAGAAACAGCUGCGCAGAAACAGCUGCGCAGAAACAGCUGCGCAGAAACAGCUGCGCAGAAACAGCUGCGCAGAGACAGCUGCGCAGAGACAGCUGCGCAGAAACAGCUGCGAAGAAACAGCUGCGCAGAAACAGCUGCGCAGAAACAGCUGCGCAGAAAAAGCUGCGCAGAAACAGCUGCGCAGAAACAGCUGCGCAGAAACAGCUGCGCAGAAACAGCUGCGCAGAAACAGCUGCGCAGAAACAGCUGCGCAGAAACAGCGGCGCAGAAACAGCGGCGCAGAAACACUCUAUAGCCUCCGGUUACAGGAGCGUACCUCCAUGUUCAAUGUUUUUUGGGCAGUUGAACAUCUGCGCGGAGACGGCUGCGCAGAAGCGGCUGCGCGGAAGCGGCUGCGCGGAAGCGGCUGCGCGGAAACGGCUGCGCGGAAACGGCUGCGCGGAAACGGCUGCGCGGAAACGGCUGCGCGAGAACAGCUGCGCGAGAACAGGUGCGCGGGAACAGCUGCGCGGGAACAGCUGCGCAGGAACAGCUGCGCAGGAACAGCUGCGCAGGAACAGCUGCGCAGGAACAGGUGCGCAAAAACAGGUGCGCAGGAACAGGUGCGCAGGAACAGCUGCGCAGGAACAGCUGCGCAGAAACAGCUGCGCAGAAACAGCUGCGCAGAAACAGCUUCGCAGAAACGGCUGCGCUGGAACGGCUGCGCAGAAACGGCUGCGCAGAAACGGCUGCGCAGAAACGGCUGCGCAGAAACGGCUGCGCAGAAACGGCUGCGCAGAAACGGCUGCGCAGAAAAGGCUGCGCAGAAACGGCUGCGCAGAAACAGCUGCGCAGAAACAGCUGCGCAGAAGCAGCUGCGCAGAAGCAGCUGCGCAGAAGCAGCUGCGCAGAAGCAGCUGCGCAGAGGCAGCUGCGCAGAAGCAGCUGCGCAGAAGCAGCUGCGCAGAAGCAGCUGCGCAGAAGCAGCUGCGCAGAAGCAGCUGCGCAGAAGCAGCUGCGCAGAAGCAGCUGCGCAGAAGCAGCUGCGCAGAGGCAGCUGCGCAGAAGCAGCUGCGCAGAAGCAGCUGCGCAGAAGCAGCUGCGCAGAAGCAGCUGCGCAGAAGCAGCUGUGCAGAAGCAGCUGCGCAGAAACAGCUGCGCAGAAACAGCUGCGCAGAUACAGCUGCGCAGAUACAGCUGCGCAGAAACAGCUGCGCAGAAACAGCUGCGCAGAAACAGCUGCGCAGAAACAGCUGCGCAGGAACAGCUGCGCAGGAACAGCUGCGCAGGAACAGCUGCGCAGGAACAGCUGCGCAGGAACAGCUGCGCAGGAACAGCUGCGCAGGAACAGCUGCGCAGGAACAGCUGCGCAGGAACAGCUGCGCAGGAACAGCUGCGCAGGUACAGCUGCGCAGGAACAGCUGCGCAGGAACAGCUGCGCAGAAACAGCUGCGCAGGAACAGCUGCGCAGGAACAGCUGCGCAGGAACAGCUGCGCAGGAACAGCUGCGCAGGUACAACUGCGCAGGAACAGCUGCGCAGGAACAGCUGCGCAGAAACAGCUGCGCAGAAACAGCUGCGCAGAAACAGCUGCGCAGAAACAGCUGCGCAGAAACAGCUGCGCAGGAACAGCUGCGCAGAAACAGCUGCGCAGGAACAGCUGCGCAGGAACAGCUGCGCAGGAACAGCUGCGCAGGAACAGGUGCGCAGGAACAGGUGCGCAGGAACAGGUGCGGAGGAACAGGUGCGCAGGAACAGCUGCGCAGGAACAGGUGCGCAGGAACAGCUGCGCAGGAACAGCUGCGCAGGAACAGCUGCGCAGGAACAGCUGCGCAGAAACUGCUGCGCAGAAACUGCUGCGCAGAAACUGCUGCGCAGAAACAGCUGCGCAGGAACAGCUGCGCAGGAACAGCUGCGCAGAAACUGCUGCGCAGAAACUGCUGCGCAGAAACUGCUGCGCAGAAACAGCUGCGCAGGAACAGCUGCGCAGGAACAGCUGCGCAGGAACAGCUGCACAGAAACAGCUGCGCAGGAACAGCUGCGCAGGAACAGCUGCGCAGGAACAGCUGCGCAGGAACAGCUGCGCAGAAACAGCUGCGCAGGAACAGCUGCGCAGAAACAGCUGCGCAGAAACUGCUGCGCAGAAACUGCUGCGCAGAAACAGCUGCGCAGAAACAGCUGCGCAGAAACAGCUGCGCAGGAACAGCUGCGCAGAAACAGCUGCGCAGGAACAGCUGCGCAGGAACAGCUGCGCAGGAACAGCUGCGCAGGAACAGGUGCGCAGGAACAGGUGCGCAGGAACAGGUGCGGAGGAACAGGUGCGCAGGAACAGCUGCGCAGGAACAGGUGCGCAGGAACAGCUGCGCAGGAACAGCUGCGCAGGAACAGCUGCGCAGGAACAGCUGCGCAGAAACUGCUGCGCAGAAACUGCUGCGCAGAAACUGCUGCGCAGAAACAGCUGCGCAGAAACAGCUGCGCAGGAACAGCUGCGCAGAAACUGCUGCGCAGAAACUGCUGCGCAGAAACUGCUGCGCAGAAACUGCUGCGCAGAAACAGCUGCGCAGGAACAGCUGCGCAGGAACAGCUGCGCAGGAACAGCUGCGCAGGAACAGCUGCGCAGGAACAGUUGCGCAGGAGCAGCUGCGCAGGAACAGCUGCGCAGGAACAGCUGCGCAGAAACAGCUGCGCAGGAACAGCUGCGCAGAAACAGCUGCGCAGAAACAGCUGCGCAGGAACAGCUGCGCAGGAACAGCUGCGCAGGAACAGCUGCGCAGGAACAGCUGCGCAGAAACAGCUGCGCAGAAACAGCUGCGCAGAAACAGCUGCGCAGGAACAGCUGCGCAGGAACAGCUGCGCAGGAACAGCUGCGCAGAAACUGCUGCGCAGAAACUGCUGCGCAGAAACAGCUGCGCAGAAACAGCUGCGCAGGAACAGCUGCGCAGAAACAGCUGCGCAGAAACAGCUGCGCAGAAACAGCUUCGCAGAAACAGCUGCGCAGAAACAGCUGCGCAGAAACAGCUGCGCAGGAACAGCUGCGCAGAAACAGCUGCGCAGAAACAGCUGCGCAGGAACAGCUGCGCAGGAACAGCUGCGCAGGAACAGCUGCGCAGGAACAGCUGCGCAGAAACAGCUGCGCAGGAACAGCUGCGCAGGAACAGCUGCGCAGGAACAGCUGCGCAGGAACAGCUGCGCAGAAACAGCUGCGCAGAAACAGCUGCGCAGAAACAGCUGCGCAGGAACAGCUGCGCAGGAACAGCUGCGCAGGAACAGCUGCGCAGGAACAGCUGCGCAGGAACAGCUGCGCAGGAACAGCUGCGCAGGAACAGCUGCGCAGGUACAGCUGCGCAGGAACAGCUGCGCAGGAACAGCUGCGCAGGAACAGCUGCGCAGGAACAGCUGCGCAGGUACAGCUGCGCAGGAACAGUUGCGCAGGAGCAGCUGCGCAGGAACAGCUGCGCAGGAACAGCUGCGCAGGAACAGCUGCGCAGGAACAGCUGCGCAGGAACAGCUGCGCAGGAGCAGCUGUGCAGGAACAGCUGCGCAGGAACAGCUGCGCAGGAACAGCUGCGCAGAAACAGCUGCGCAGAAACAGCUGCGCGGAAACAGCUGCGCGGGAACAGCUGCGCAGGAACAGCUGCGCAGGAACAGCUGCGCAGGAACAGCUGCGCAGGAACAGCUGCGCAGAAACUGCUGCGCAGAAACUGCUGCGCAGAAACAGCUGCGCAGGAACAGCUGCGCAGGAACAGCUGCGCAGGAACAGCUGCGCAGGAACAGCUGCGCAGGAACAGCUGCGCAGGAACAGCUGCGCAGGAACAGCUGCGCUGGAACAGCUGCGCAGAAACAGCUGCGCAGGAACAGCUGCGCAGAAACAGCUGCGCAGGAACAGCUGCGCAGAAACAACUGCGCAGAAACAACUGCGCAGAAACAGCUGCGCAGAAACAGCUGCGCAGAAACAGCUGCGCAGAAACAGCUUCGCAGAAACAGCUGCGCAGAAACAGCUGCGCAGGAACAGCUGCGCAGAAACAGCUGCGCAGAAACAGCUGCGCAGAAACAGCUGCGCAGAAACAGCUGCGCAGAAACAGCUGCGCAGAAACAGCUGCGCAGAAACAGCUGCGCAGAAACAGCUGCGCAGAAACAGCUGCGCAGAAACAGCUGCGCAGGAACAGCUGCGCAGAAACAGCUGCGCAGGAACAGCUGCGCAGGAACAGCUGCGCAGGAACAGCUGCGCAGGAACAGGUGCGCAGGAACAGGUGCGCAGGAACAGGUGCGGAGGAACAGGUGCGCAGGAACAGCUGCGCAGGAACAGGUGCGCAGGAACAGCUGCGCAGGAACAGCUGUGCAGGAACAGCUGCGCAGGAACAGCUGCGCAGAAACUGCUGCGCAGAAACUGCUGCGCAGAAACAGCUGCGCAGGAACAGCUGCGCAGGAACAGCUGCGCAGAAACUGCUGCGCAGAAACUGCUGCGCAGAAACUGCUGCGCAGAAACUGCUGCGCAGAAACAGCUGCGCAGGAACAGCUGCGCAGGAACAGCUGCGCAGGAACAGCUGCGCAGGAACAGCUGCGCAGGAACAGCUGCGCAGAAACAGCUGCGCAGAAACAGCUGCGCAGGAACAGCUGCGCAGGAACAGCUGCGCAGGAACAGCUGCGAAGGAACAGCUGCGCAGAAACUGCUGCGCAGAAACUGCUGCGCAGAAACUGCUGCGCAGAAACAGCUGCGCAGAAACAGCUGCGCAGGAACAGCUGCGCAGGAACAGCUGCGCAGGAACAGCUGCGCAGGAACAGCUGCGCAGGAACAGCUGCGCAGGAACAGCUGCGCAGGAACAGCUGCGCAGGAACAGCUGCGCAGAAACAGCUGCGCAGGAACAGCUGCGCAGAAACAUCUGCGCAGGAACAGCUGCGCAGAAACAACUGCGCAGAAACAACUGCGCAGAAACAGCUGCGCAGAAACAGCUGCGCAGAAACAGCUUCGCAGAAACAGCUGCGCAGAAACAGCUGCGCAGAAACAGCUGCGCAGGAACAGCUGCGCAGGAACAGCUGCGCAGAAACAGCUGCGCAGAAACAGCUGCGCAGGAACAGCUGCGCAGAAACAGCUGCGCAGAAACAGCUGCGCAGGAACAGCUGCGCAGAAACAGCUGCGCAGAAACAGCUGCGCAGAAACAGCUGCGCAGAAACAGCUGCGCAGAAACAGCUGCGCAGAAACAGCUGCGCAGAAACAGCUGCGCAGGAACAGCUGCGCAGAAACAGCUGCGCAGGAGCAGCUGCGCAGGAACAGCUGCGCAGGAACAGCUGCGCAGGAACAGCUGCGCAGGAACAGCUGCGCAGGAACAGGUGCGCAGGAACAGGUGCGCAGGAACAGGUGCGGAGGAACAGGUGCGCAGGAACAGCUGCGCAGGAACAGGUGCGCAGGAGCAGGUGCGCAGGAACAGCUGCGCAGGAACAGCUGCGCAGGAACAGCUGCGCAGGAACAGGUGCGCAGGAACAGGUGCUCAGGAACAGGUGCGCAGGAACAGCUGCGCAGAAACAGCUGCGCAGAAACAGCUGCGCAGAAACAGCUGCGCAGAAACAGCUGCGCAGAAACAGCUGCGCAGAAACAGCUGCGCAGAAACAGCUGCGCAGAAACAGCUGCGCAGAAACAGCUCCGCAGAGACAGCUGCGCAGAGACAGCUGCGCAGAGACAGCUGCGCAGAGACAUCUGCGCAGUUACAGCUGCGCAGAAACAGCUGCGCAGAAACAGCUGCGCAGAAACAGCUGCGCAGAAACAGCUGCGCAGAAACAGCUGCGCAGAAACAGCUGCGCAGAAACAGCUGCGCAGAAACAGCUGCGCAGAAAUAG